AUGGCCACAAGAGCAGACAUUUCAGGAGUUGCCGGCUUGGCAGAAAAUCGCGAUGUCUUGGGAGCGGAGAACUGCGCGUGCGCCGCGCGACUGGUGGCGGAAGGCCAAGCUGCGAUCUUCGGCACUUGGGACCCGCCGGGGACCUGUGACGCGGAGAAGCUUCAGUUCUUCGAUCAAAUCCGGACUUUGGACAAGAACUAUCCAGGCGGACUGGGGAGCUACUUGCGGAAUGCUCGGACCCUGCUCCAGGCGUCUGCCGGAGGGGAGAAUCCCUUGGAUGGAUGGGUCCCAUCUGUGCCACAAGACGGUUUCCGACCGGAGGUGGGCUCUGCAGAAUUCCUGGCCUACGAGGAGUUCGGGGUGCAGGAGGUUUCCAAGUGCUGCUUCGUGAUCCCAGCUGGUGGGCUCGGCGAGCGACUCGGAUUCAGCGGCGUGAAGUUCGCGCUUCCUGCCGAGCUCGUUACUGGCAGCUGUGUGCUGGGUGUCUACUGCGCCUACCUUCGAGCUUUUCAGGAUCUUUCGGAAGCGUCCACCAAACACCCGUGCCGGCUGCCUCUGGUCAUCAUGGCAAGUGCCGACACUGAUGCCGGCAUUCGCGAGCUUCUCGCGCGCCACAGCUACUUCGGCCUGGACGAAGACCAGGUGACGAUCCUUGUGCAGGAGAAAGUGGCGGCUCUGGCGAACAGCGAUGCGCUUCUGAGCAUGGCCGGCCCUUACAAGGUAGCAACGAAGCCCCAUGGUCAUGGCGACGUUCACUUUCUACUGCACUCGGCUGGGCUCGUGGAGCGAUGGUUGGGACAGGGCCGCAAGUGGGUAUUGUUCUUCCAGGACACCAACACUCUCUACUUGGCUACCUUCCUCUGCUCUUUGGGUGUGUCCGCCCGCCACUCUUUGGAGGUGAACUCCGUGGCAAUGCCCCGAAAGGCCAAAGAAGCCGUCGGAUCCAUUGCCCGCUUAACUCACAAGGACGGCCGCAGCAUUGUUGUGAACGUCGAGUACAACCAGCUGGAGCCGUUGCUGAAAGCGAACGGCUUUGCGGAAGGGGAUGUCAAUGGU